CUUUAGUCCCGCCUCCGCCGCCAAAGGAGGAAGGACGCUCUAUGACCGUCGCGGCCUUCCACGAGGCGCCGGAAGUCAGCGCUGUGAGUCGCUCCGGCGCUUCCGCCUCGGUGUCUCUGAGCGAUGGAGGCGGCGUGGCUGGUGCAGGGGACGGUGGCCGUGGCCCUCGCCGGGCUGCUCCUGUUGGCUGUCGUUGCCCACGUGACAGCCGCCAAGAUGCCAAACCUCAGCCGGCACGAUGACGAAAAGUUCUUUGCGACUCCUGAAGGCAAGAAGGAACCUGUGCCCAGUAUCCAUGACCCCCCGACACGUGACCUCUCUGUAGUUGUGCCUUCGUACAACGAGGAAGAACGGUUACCUUCCAUGAUGGAUGAAGCUUUACGCUAUCUAGAGAAGAGACAGAUGCAAGACCCGGCAUUCACGUAUGAAGUCAUUGUGAUCGAUGAUGGCAGCAGAGAUCGAACCACAAAGGUUGCCCUGAAGUAUAGCCAAAAGUAUGGUUGUGACAAAGUACGAGUCCUCACACUGGUGAAGAAUCGUGGGAAGGGCGGAGCAGUCAGAAUGGGUGUCUUGAGUUCACGAGGGAGAAAAAUACUCAUGGCGGAUGCCGACGGAGCCACAAAAUUUGAAGAUGUUGAGAAAGUUGAAAAGGGUCUUGAGAGCCUUCAGCCCUGGCCUGACCAGAUGGCCAUCGCCUGCGGAUCUCGAGCCCACUUAGAGAAAGACUCAAUAGCACAGCGCUCCUACUUCCGAACGCUUCUCAUGUACGGAUUCCACUUUCUGGUGUGGCACCUCUGCGUUAAGGACAUCAGGGACACCCAGUGUGGGUUUAAGCUGUUAACCCGAGAAGCUGCUUCCCGGAUGUUUUCAGCCCUUCAUAUAGAGCGCUGGGCAUUUGAUGUAGAACUUCUUUAUAUAGCUCAACGUUGUAAAAUACCAAUAGCAGAAGUCGCUGUCAAUUGGAAAGAAAUUGAAGGUUCUAAACUGGUUCCCUUCUGGAGCUGGCUGCAAAUGGGCCGGGACCUCCUGUUCAUACGUCUGCGAUAUUUGACGGGCGCUUGGCAGCUCAGAAUGAGAAAGAUGGACUAGGUUUACAUGCACCUGUCACAUAGAUUUUAUAUAUUUCAAAAGACCUGGAAUUAUUACAAUAGUAUGAAGCGAGAGAAAGGGUUGAGGUUACCCAUCUACUGCUGCACUUUGUGAGUCUUAUUUUUAAAAUUUGCCAAGAAGCAGAUGGUCUAUAAGAUGCCUUUUCACUUUUUUUUUUUUUAAAGUUUUGCAACUGGGGAUCAGUUUCUUUUGAUAGCAGCAUUUGAACUUUUUUGUUUUCCUACUCCAAGGAAGUGUGUGGCAGCCGUCACUAAUGUUAAUAAAAAUCCCAUGAACUGUUACGGUCCACUAAUUCUACCAUCACAGCUGUCCAAAACAUGCUCAUAGUGUGCUGACCAAGAGAUUGUAUCUUUGGAAUGUGCAUAAUUUGUUGAAGCAAAUACUUUGUGGAUGAGGUAUGAGCACCAAAGAGGAGAAUUAUCUAGAUUUCAGACUCUCUGUAAGACAGUUUACUGUUGACUACAGAAGUUUAAAAACUAUUGUGUAACUUCUUCCAUAAUGCCAUGAAGACCAAAUGUUUUAUGCAUGGAUGUGAUCCGGGCUGUUUUUGAGGGUCCAUUGAUGUAAGUGGGAACAAGGUUGGAUCCGUUGAGGUAAGAUGUAAAUGUGCUUAAUUUUGACUGGGUCAUAUGUAGGCUCUAUUUCAUUUUCACCAAGGUACAACAGGAGGCAUGCUUGAAAGUGGGAAUAGGCUGGAAGUCAGGAAAUAAUCGUGUAAGCCUCUGCUGGCAUGAGUUUUACCUCAGUUUUUCAUUAACUGUAGCUGUGUUUGAGCGGUGAAUAUAUUCGACUUUUUCAAUUGGCUGCGACAAUAAUCCCAGCAAAGUUUCAAGGUGUUUUCAAAUUUCAGAAUGGCGGAACAUUAAAUUGAAAAGGAUGCUGUCAA